AUGCCCGAGAGCACAGACCAAAACAAUCGAUCCGAGGACUCUUUUGAGGCUCUUCUCUGGAGCUUAGAUGAUACUUCAUCAACCGGACGCAAGCAGAAGAAAGUGAACCCACUCGAUCCUUACCUAACUGCCGCUCAAUUCUUCCGUCUAAACUACGACCUUUUUGCUAAUGUUUUCAUUAUUCUGCGAGAUGGAAUACUUGCUGAAUUCGAGCCCGAGGAUGCUGAUCAUGACCAAGAGCAGGACGAAGAAACACGAGCCAACAUUCAUCUGUUUAUGACAUUCGCAAAAUCGAUUCCGAACUUCAGUGGCCUCAUCGCAAAACUCGAACGAGAACCAGAGUCACUAACUAGUUUCCUCAAAUCGAUGGAAAGUGCAGUAAAUGCAGCUCGUUGCGACGAUACAGGAUCUCUCAAGCAUGCCGGACUUCAGUACAUGCUCGACGACCCAGCCAAGGAUCGUUUUGACCCCCCGAUACUCAAAUCUCACAGUAAGGCCUUGCGAGGGUGGAACCACCCACAGAUGGCACGACUCUUAUGCCCUGCACGGGAUAUUACUGAAUUUGACAUGGACCCGCAAGCUUAUAUGGACAAGGUCAACGCAGGGGAGAAGAAGAUCAGCGCAAAGCAAUGGCCAUCGAUGUUCUACGACAUGAGCUUGUAUGACUCGAAGAACAAGAAGAAGGGAUUCCUCCGAAGUCGUGUUGUGAUACAGGCAUGGCGCCAUAUCUUCACAGGUCCGAUGUCGGCUCUAUCCAAAGACAACAUCGGUCGCUUGUCGAAGCCUGGGAAGGGGAAAAUGCAUCACCUUGCCGAACCAGGGAUCAGAAACAUAAUGUAUGCGGCGUGUCAGAUGUAUUUCACAGCCAGCAAUGCAGAGUCAUGGACGCCUGUCAUUGGGGCCAUGGACUUUGGUGACCUGUACUAUAGAGCCAUCGACAUCGUCCAUGAUAAUGCCGAGCAGCAGUGGGUCAAAGAUCUAAUGAAAUUCUGGAAGGAUGAAACUCCUGGCCUGGCUGACAACCAUCCCUCCAAGCACCGCAGAGUUGCUGCAACCAGCAACUGUGAUACUGAUGACGACAUGGACAAUUUUUUUGGAGAUGAUACAGCAGCUGCUGACCAGAAAGAUGAGGAAAACGAAACACGUAGACUCGCCAACAAUGAUGAAUCUCUCACUCAGGCAGCGGCAGGCAGUUCAUGCACUCUAAAUCAGAGCAACACCGGCAAUCCUCAGAACAAUGCCCCUCCUACACCUCCUCACAGCUCCCCUGGACCGGCACCUCCUCACAGUUCCCCUGGACCGGCACCUCCUCGCAGCUCCCCUGGACCGGCACCUCCUCGCAGCUCCCCGGCUCCUGUUCAACGCGAACCUUCUCCUUUGAGCAAACCUCCGGCAUCUCCUCCACCUGCUGGACGCAAAAUGAAAUGA